UGAUAACUUGCCUUUUUAUCUUCUCCAUAACAUAGAUUAUUAUCAUUAUUCUUCAAUAGUAAAUACUUGUGCAAACAGACUUUCUUAUUCUUUCGGAAACUACGGACAUUUACAAUGUUUCAUCUUAAAAUUGAUUUGUUCUUAAUAUAUUUAAUUAUUGUCAAUAAUUAUGCGCGGUCAGCGCCGGAACCGCUUUGUUCUAAGUUCUCGUAUGACGAACAGUUGCUUGAGAAAAUGGUUCGUGUUGAAUUUAAUGUAAACAACAUGGAGAAAAAUAUGUUAGAAACUGAGAUGAGCAUGCGGAAAACGGAGGAAACUAUGUAAGAAACGGACAGAAGCAUGCGUGAAACACAUGGAAAUAUGAUGGAUACGGAAAGGAGAAUACAAGAAGCACAGCAGAAGAUGGCUGAGACACACGCUGAAAUAAUGACUGCACAGAAAAAUAUUCAGGAGAACCUGGCCGACAUUAAUGAAAAAAUAAAGCUGCUUGAACAGAAGGACGAGAUGUUAGAAGCCAGAAGAGGAAAGGACGUCAUAGCAUUUCGUGCACACAAAGUCGCAGAUAAAUCGGUGGCAGAUAAUCAGGUUUUUGUUUUCACCAAGGUUGUAUUAAAUGAAGGCAACGGCUAUUCUAGUACAAACGGAUAUUUUACAGCACCUAUAAGCGGUAUCUACUUCUUCAACAGUCAAUUAUGUGGAAUGGAAAAUAGGUAUAUAGCUUAUGCUAUUGUUUCUCAAGGUGACACACGUUCAAGUGGAUUAUUCAUGCCAUAUAAACUUGGAACUUGUACAUCAUUCAGUGGUGCUGUACGCAUGCGUAUCGGGGAACGUGCAUGGGUGACAAUUAACAGUAACGGAUCACCUUCAUCAGAUUUGAUCUAUGAAGAUAGCAGGGAAUGGAACUACUUUUCUGGAUUCUUAAUACGUUAAUCCAGCAUAUAAUGUGAAUUCCUUUAUUUGUAAAUAUAGGAGAUGUUAUAUAUGUAUUUUAGUGAAACAUUUGUCAAUAAAUGUUCUCUUUAUUGCAUUAACAACGCAGACUAUGGACAGAGCAGUCAAAUAUCGCUUGCGAAAAAACAGUUCAUUUAUCGAGAUU